GCGGAGACGCGAACCAAAGAGCUAGGCGGGCGAACUCAGCUGAGAAUCCGAGAGUGACGUUCACCGGGCCGGGAAGGAGAAUCGAGGUUCGGCUCGGGCGGGGACGAGAAGCAGCGCUCGGGCGAGCGAAGACGGCGGCCGGCGCGGGCGGGAGCGGCCUUUGUCUCCUCCUCCCGCGCGCUCGGCAGCGGCACCGGACCCAUGAGCCCGCGGCCCCCCGGCGCCCGGGCCUUCCGUAGCCCCUGACCUGACCUGUCCUCGUCAUGGCCGAGGCCGCCUCCGGCGCCGGGGGCACGUCCCUGGAGGGCGAGCGUGGCAAGAGGCCCCCGCCGGAGGGCGAGCCUGCAGCCCCGGCGUCCGGAGUUCUGGAUAAGCUUUUCGGGAAGCGGCUCCUGCAAGCGGGUCGCUACCUGGUGUCCCACAAGGCGUGGAUGAAGACAGUGCCUACAGAGAACUGCGACGUGCUGAUGACCUUCCCAGACACGACCGAUGACCACACGCUGCUAUGGCUGCUGAACCACAUCCGCGUGGGCAUCCCCGAGCUCAUCGUGCAAGUCCGCCACCACCGCCACACGCGUGCCUACGCCUUCUUUGUCACCGCCACGUAUGAGAGCCUACUCCGAGGGGCCGAUGAGCUGGGUCUGCGCAAGGCAGUGAAGGCCGAGUUUGGCGGGGGCACCCGUGGCUUCUCCUGCGAGGAGGACUUUAUCUAUGAGAAUGUGGAGAGCGAGCUGCGCUUCUUCACUUCCCAGGAACGCCAGAGCAUCAUCCGCUUCUGGCUGCAGAAUUUGCGUGCCAAGCAGGGAGAGGCGCUCCACAACGUGCGCUUCCUGGAGGACCAGCCAAUCAUCCCCGAGCUGGCAGCACGUGGGAUCAUCCAGCAAGUGUUCCCUGUCCAUGAGCAGCGUAUUCUGAACCGCCUCAUGAAGUCAUGGGUGCAGGCCGUGUGUGAAAACCAGCCUCUAGAUGACAUCUGUGAUUACUUUGGUGUGAAAAUUGCCAUGUACUUCGCCUGGCUGGGCUUCUACACGUCGGCUAUGGUAUACCCAGCUGUCUUCGGGUCUGUCCUGUAUACAUUCACAGAGGCUGAUCAGACAAGCCGGGAUGUUUCCUGCGUGGUCUUUGCCCUCUUCAAUGUGAUCUGGUCGACGCUGUUCCUAGAGGAAUGGAAGCGGAGAGGGGCUGAGCUGGCAUACAAGUGGGGGACGCUGGAUUCACCUGGGGAAGCUGUGGAGGAGCCACGCCCCCAGUUCAGGGGCGUGCGACGCAUCAGCCCCAUCACGCGGGCGGAGGAGUUCUACUACCCGCCCUGGAAGCGGCUGCUCUUCCAGCUGCUUGUGAGCCUCCCCCUGUGCCUGGCGUGCCUCGUCUGUGUCUUCUUGCUCAUGCUUGGCUGCUUCCAGCUGCAGGAGCUGGUGCUGAGCGUGAAGGGGUUGCCCCGUCUCGCCAGAUUCCUGCCUAAGGUCAUGCUGGCCCUGAUUGUCAGUGUGAGUGCCGAGGGCUACAAGAAGCUAGCCAUCUGGCUCAAUGACAUGGAAAAUUACCGGCUGGAGAGCGCCUAUGAGAAGCACCUCAUCAUCAAAGUUGUCCUGUUCCAGUUUGUCAACUCGUACCUGAGCCUCUUCUACAUCGGUUUCUACCUCAAGGACAUGGAGCGCUUGAAAGAGAUGCUGGCCACGCUGCUGAUCACCCGCCAGUUCCUCCAGAACGUGCGCGAGGUCCUGCAGCCGCACCUGUACCGGCGCCUGGGCCGCGGCGAGCUCGGCCUGCGGGCCGUCUGGGAACUGGCCCGAGCCCUGCUUGGCCUCCUGAGCCACCGGCGCCCUGCGCCCCGCCGCCUAGAACCCCAGGCGGAUGAGGGCGGGGGCGGCGGCAGCGGGGGCGGGGGCCGCAGGUGCCUCAGCGGGGGCUGCGGGUCGCCGGAGGAGGAGGAGGAGGCGGCGCCGGUGGAGCGGCGGCGGGCUGGGGAAGGCGGGGAGGAGGGGGACGGGCCUCCAGGGGGCAAGGAGGAGGACGAGGACGACGACGAGGAGGAGGACGAGGAGGAAGAGGAGGACGAGGAGGAGGGCGAGGAAGGGGGCCUCCUGGACUGCGGGCUCCGGCUGAAGAAGGUCAGCUUCGCUGAGCGCGGCGCGGGGCGGCGUCGGCCCGGCCCAAGCCCGGAGGCCCUCCUGGAGGAGGGGAGCCCCACCAUGGUGGAGAAGGGGCUAGAGCCGGGAGUGUUCACUCUGGCCGAGGAGGACGACGAGGCGGAGGGUGCCCCCGGCAGCCCUGAACGGGAGCCCCCGGCCAUCCUGCUCCGCCGGGCCGGGGGCGAGGGCCGAGACCAGGGGCCCGACGGGGGCCCGGACCCGGAGCCCGGCUCCAACAGCGAUUCGACCCGUAGGCAGAGACGGCAGAACCGGUCGUCUUGGAUUGACCCGCCCGAGGAGGAACACUCGCCCCAGCUCACCCAGGCGGAGCUGGAGAGCUGUAUGAAGAAGUACGAGGACACGUUCCAGGACUACCAGGAGAUGUUCGUGCAGUUCGGCUACGUAGUGCUCUUCUCAUCCGCCUUCCCCCUGGCGGCGCUGUGCGCCCUGGUCAACAACCUCAUUGAGAUCCGCAGCGACGCCUUCAAGCUGUGCACCGGGCUGCAGCGGCCCUUCGGCCAGCGCGUGGAGAGCAUCGGCCAGUGGCAGAAGGUGAUGGAGGCCAUGGGUGUCCUAGCGAUUGUGGUCAACUGCUACUUGAUCGGCCAGUGCGGGCAGCUGCAGCGCCUCUUCCCCUGGCUGAGCCCGGAGGCAGCCAUCGUGUCCGUGGUGGUGCUGGAGCACUUCGCUCUGCUCCUCAAGUACCUCAUCCACGUGGCCAUCCCUGAUAUCCCGGGCUGGGUGGCUGAGGAAAUGGCCAAGCUGGAGUACCAGCGCCGCGAGGCCUUUAAGAGAGGCCCAUCGUGUACCUGGGAAUGCAGUUGGCACGCAAGAGCCCUGGCGUGCACCAGCCUCGGCUGGCACCUGCUAAUACCCUUUCUUCUUAGUCCUGUAACGGCUUGGCUCUACCUGCAGAGACACGAGCGCCAGGCCCAGCAUCGCUACCAGCAGCAGCAGCGCAGGCGCCGGGAGGAGGAGGAGCGACAGCGCCAUGCAGAGCACCAUGCCCGGCGGGAGCAUGAUUCUGGUGGCCGGGAGGAGGCGAGGGCUGAGGGCUCUGGGCUGGACCCUGCCACCUCCUCCGAGAAGGCCUCUGCCAAGGCCAAGGGCAGCACUGCGGGGGGCCAUGGGCCUGAGCGGCCCAAACGCCCAGGGUCCCUGCUGGCACCCAACAACGUCAUGAAGUUGAAGCAGAUCAUCCCACUGCAGGGCAAAUUCCUCUCAUCGGGGGCCACAUCCUCACUGGCCGCUGCAGGGGCCGGAGCCACCGCCCGGCCUCCCCCUGCCCAGUCACCCACCGGCAGCGACACCCGCCUGCCCGCCUUUCUCAGCUUCAAGUUCCUCAAGUCACCCGAGACCCGGCGGGACUCUGAGCGCAGCCACUCGCCACCCAAAGCCUUCCACGCUGGCAAGCUCUUCCCCUUUGGUGGCACCCGGGCUGAGCCUGGGUCCAACGGGGCGGGCGGGCAGGCCCGACCAGAUGGGAACCCCAGCGGUGGCGGCAGCCGGGUUCAGAGGAGUGGGCCGGUGGACGAGGCCAUGGCUGAGGAGCUGGAAGCCUCCCGGCCCGAAGAGGAAGGCUCAGGGACAGCGCUGGCCCCCGUGGGCGCCCCUGCCCUCCGCACCCGCCGCAGCCGGAGCCCCGCACCGCCGCCGCCAAUGCCGCUGCCCCGGCCCCCGACACCGCCCGCCGGCUGCUGGCAGUGGGACGGGCCCUGGGGCUGCGGGGGUGAGGGUGCCGUCCCCCGCCAAGCCCUGGCUGCUGCCGAGUGCCCGCCCUGUGCCAUGGCCGGGGCCCCACCCGCCCCCCAGCCUCUGCCGGGGGACGCCAGCUUUUACAGCCUCCCGCCCCCACCGCUGCCGCCCACCUCGGAGCCCCUCGAGACCCCGGCACCCUCCCCUAGCCCCAGCCCCAGCACCCAGGCCGUGUGCUGGCCCAGCGGCUGGCAUUAGCUCUGCCCGCCCUGCCUUCUCUUCUCAUAUGCAAUAUCAGUCAUUCACAGGGGCGGCCGGUCCCCAAAAUGCAAGACGCCUUCAGCCCCCAACGGACCCCAGUAUUGGCCGGCACCCCCCAUCUGCCGUUUUCCUUUCCAAAUGAAAGGAAACCCAUAAAACCAACAGAAAACACACACACACACACACACACACACAGAAUAGGCGAUUAUUUAUUUGUUUUUAAUUUAUUUUGUCAUAUUUUUGUAAAACGGCAGAAAUGCAAUAAAAACUAUAUUUCAACAGUG